AUGGUUUCACAAAUGCCCAUAACUGCAAUCCAAAAUUCUCUUCCCGCCACAGAAAUCGCGAUCGGCUCCUCCCUCGCUACCUUUUCGGGAUACUUUGGUAGCGCAAUCUUUCUAUCCUUCGCCUCAAGAAUUCUUACAAAUUCUUUGACGAAGGAAUUAAAUAUAUAUGUACCAAAUAUCGACACAGAAGCCAUCCAGGUAGGUGGUGCUACGAGAUCGAGAGCUUUGGUGACAGGCGCGGAGUUGGAGAGUGUACUAAUAGCAUAUAGUGAGAGCUUGAUCAGAUGUUUUUACCUUACAGCUGGAGGAUCAAGUGCAGCGUUUUUGUGCAGCUUUGGAUUAAGAUGGGGAAUUGUAAAGAAGAAGAAGAAGAAGAAGAAGAAGAAGAAGAAGAAGAAGAAGAAGAAGAAGAAGCAGGAAGGGGAUUGGGAAAGGGGGGAGAGCCCAGCUAAGAGUAACAUCACGGAGUCCACGGUGAUAGAAAGAAAAGUUUGA